AUGGCUGACGAUGGCCGGGGUUGUGGGCUGCACGAAGAAGUUGGCUGUCGGGUCUUGUCUGCCGGCCGAGUCAUCUUCCAUACUAUUAUCGACUGCCAGGCAGUCUUCCUAUUCGGCCGCGCGUUGUUCCCCUUCCACAGCUGUCCCGAUCUGUCCACGCUACAGAUAUCAUCCCUGCCGCAUCCCCCCAACGGCGCGCACGAGGAUCCGCCCGACGGCAUCGAGGGGGAAAUCAUCACUGCCCCAACCUCCCGCUCGCCCUCCCCCGAUACCUUCAGUCUACGCAGCGGCCCCCGAAAACUCGCAGCGACUAAGAAGCGGGUCUCGAAGAAGGCGCGCGGCGUCCUGGGCAAGGUUCGGGCCUUCCAGAGGAUCGCUGCGGCCAAGAUGGCUCAUCCCACCAUCAAGAUCGAUACCAGCGUACAAGCGACCAAGCGGUCGCUUCCCGAGGAUAAUGACGAUGGCUUCGAGAUUAUAGAUGGUCCGGAGAACGACGAUCCUGGCCUGGAAGCGCGCGAUAAUGAAUCUGUUCCUCCAUUUCUCUGCCAGUCGGUCCUAGAAAUCCAUCAAAAAUUCGAGGAACUCGAAUGGAUGCAGCGGACUCGGAUACACGAGGGGAUGCUCGCCAACGACCCCUCACACCGUUGGGCGCUAGAGGGAGACCCCGAGGUCAGGGCGAGGAACCGAUACGUGAACGUGCAGGCAUGGGCCAACUCCCGCAUCCAUCUGCGGGUGCCAGAAGGGGAAUGCGAUUUUAUUAACGCAUCGCCGAUUGUCCUCGAAGACUCAGUCUCGCAGGAGGAGCGACGGUAUAUCGCGACGCAGGGACCGAAGCCGGACCAGCUAUCUCACUUUUGGCACAUGGUGUUCCAUGAAAGUGAGGAUGUAGGCGUCAUCGUCAUGCUCACGCAGACAUUUGAGGCGGGCAGAGAGAAAUGUGCCCAGUACUUCCCACUGGACCGCGAAAACGCCACGAUGCCCCUGCGACGUGAGCAAGACCCGUUCAUGAACGACAACCAUCACCAGCAAGCCGAUGAGGAUUUUCUAGGCUAUGUUACACUGCUCGAGACUCAAUGGGAUCCCACAUCUCGCUCGGAAAUCCGCAAACUUCGGCUCACCCUCGGCACCGAGUCGAAGAUUGUCUGGCAUUUUCUGUUCGCCGGCUGGGCGGACUAUUCCAAGCCUGAGGGCGAUGACCGGGAUGCGCUCCUUCAGUUGAUCAAACUGUCCGGUUCGAAAUGCACCCCUGCUAACCCCCGCAUUGUACACUGCAGUGCUGGUGUCGGCCGGACAGGCACCUUUAUCGCGCUGGACCAUCUUUUGCAGGAGCUCGAGUCCGGCCAGUUACUAGAAGCGACUGACCCCGACAUCGACCCUGUCUUCGAAACGGUCAACCAAAUGCGCGAGCAGCGAAUGAUGAUGGUCUAUAAUGAGAUGCAACUCCAGUUUAUAUACGAAGUCCUACGGGAGCAGACCGAUCUCAAGCUCGGAAAGACUGCCGUGCCCAGCGGGCGCAAGUCGGAUGAGAGGUCAACGAAGAUGGCCAAGUUGUCAACCGACGACAGCUACCGACCAUCCUCCAAACCUGAGCUCGAACCUGCUGACGAUCACCGAUCUACUCCUACCCGGAGCUGGUCGGGCACCCCCGAGGUUUCCGAUAACGAAUGAGGAUAGGGACGACCGGUUCCUGUCUCAGACAACAUUAUUAUAUUACCUUCCCUCGUACAUAUAUAACAUUCUAAUCGCCUAUUGAUGUUUUUCUUUUGCCAUGUUUGUCGUUUUUUCUUUUUGCCAUGACUAGUUACGAGUUCUGACCUGCAUCUUCAACAUGCAUUUGCCCUUUGCGCCACCCUGCAUACUAUGUUUCAGUAUACGACCUGAUGCUUUUAUUCCUUCAGUGCCCAGGAUGCUUACAUUUUCACAAGCAAACCGUCCUGAACAUUGUCAUCCGAAGCUGAUGUGCUUACUCCCGCGCGAUUAUCUCUCUUCAGCUUUCAUUCUGUUUUCCCCCCUAGCAUUAGAACUGGUGUACCAUACUGGACUUGUGGAUCUGCCUGGAAAUGAAUAACGAUGCAUCUGUUCAUACGCGUGCCCUGAAAGGUCCUCUCUUACACACCCUACCAGAAUACUAUCUACCAUUUGAUCAAUCAACCACUCAAUAUAAAUC